AUGUGUCUCAACAAUGAAGUGUGGUCUCUUAUUCGCCUCACCUUCAAUAUUAAGAAUUCCAUGGUCAUCCACCGCACCUCCCUCCACCAUAUUUCUCUUACUAAUUGCGUCGACAAAGUGGUGAAAUGGAAUUGCCGUAAUCAUUCCUGCUAUAUUCUUAACGUCGAUGGGAGUUGUCAUGGCAAUCCUCCGCGAACUGGAUUUGGUGGUCUUCUUAGGAACAAUGAUGGUUUUUUCAUCUCUGGUUUCUCCGGAUUUGUUGCUAAUUCAUCUGAUAUUCUUUUUGUUGAACUCUUUGCCAUUUUUAAUGGUUUACGUAUGGUUAGAACUUUGAGAAUCACUGGUUUUGUGUGCUACUCCGACUCCCUCCAUUUUGUUAGCCUUAUCAACGGACCUCCCAUGAAGUGUCAUGUCUAUGCCACUCUCAUUCAAGAUAUAAAGGAUUUGAUCAUUCACAGCAAUACUUCUAUCUUGCACACCCUUCGUGAGGGAAAUAAUUGUGCUGAUUUUCUAGCAAAGAUGGGAGUUGCUUCAGACUCUGAUGAUUAA